AUGGCUCCUUGGAACUCAUUUCCCUUGGAAUUGACCUACGAAGUAUUCGGUUGGUUAGCUUUUCUUUCAUGGGCAGUUGCUGGCUACCCACAACUCAUCUUGAAUUUUCGUAGGAAAAGUGUGGUGGGAUUAAGCUUGGAUUAUGAGAUUCUUAACUUAAUCAAGCACUGCUCAUAUCUCAUAUACAAUGCUUCCCUAUAUUUUAGCCCUGCUGUUCAGAAGCAGUAUUUUGAGAAGUAUGGUUAUGAACAGAUGAUUCCUGUAGCAGCUAAUGAUGUUGCUUUCUCUACUCAUUCAGUCAUAAUACAUCUAAUUAUAUUUUCCCAAAUUGCAAUGUUUGAACGUGGAAAUCAGAAAUUCUCCAACUAUUCCAUUGCAAUAGCUUUUGCAGUGUGGCUUACUGCUGCUGUUUGCUUUUUCAUAGCAUUGCCUAACCAAUCUUGGCUUUGGCUAAUCUCCAUCUUCAACAUAAUUCAAGUAAUUAUGACCCUCAUCAAGUAUUUACCCCAGACAUUUCUUAACUUCAUGAGGAAAAGCACAAAUGGAUUUAGCAUUGGCACUGUUCUCCUUGAUUUUUCUGGAGGUGUAUUCAAUUAUUCUCAAAUGGCAGUGCAGGCCAUAGAUCAAGGAUCCUGGGUAAACUUCUAUGGAAACAUUGGGAAAGUUCUUAUAUCCUUGGUAACAAUAAUCUAUGAUUCUAUUUUAAUGUGCCAACAUUAUGUGCUAUACUCUGAAAAGAAGAAAGGGCUUCCUCUUAAAAAUUGUGAAGAAACCAGGCAACCACUAAUAUGUGCAAGUCCAACAGAUCAACAAAUCAAAGGUUCAUUUAUACCUUCACAGCAAUCUCCACCAGAAGUUUAA